AAGAAAUACUCCCAAAAUGCCACUAACCUCAGCUUCACAUCUUACUGAUAAGAACGCCUACUCAUUCCAUUCGGCGGCCUUCCUCCAUUUUCCCUCCAUUCCCAACACGAAAAAGGAACCAUCUUUCCUCUUCAAUUAAACUCACUGAACAAAUGAAGAGCAGGGGAGAACCCAAUUACCGAAUCCCCAUCGAUGGUUCCUCAUCAAUUUCGCCAUUGUUGCUUCACGAGGAGCAGGAAUUGCAGUUCGGUGAUGGUGGUCACACCAGAAUCAGGGCUUCCUUCACUGGUUCAGUCUUCACUCUUUCCACAACGAUUAUCGGAGCCGGAAUCAUGGCAUUGCCAGCCACCAUGAAAAUCCUGGGCCUGGGGCUCGGAAUCGCGCUCAUAGUGUUAGUCGCGGUUCUCACAGAGCGGUCGCUGGAAAUGCUGCUGAGAUACAGCAAAGCCGGGAAGGAAGUGAAAUCGUACGGCGGAGUUAUGAAGGACGCGUUUGGGAAUGGCGGCAGAACCCUGCUUCAGAUUUGUGUGCUGCUCAAUAACGUCGGGGUUCUUGUUGUUUACAUGAUCAUCAUUGGCGAUGUGCUGUCUGGAACAACAUCUGCAAAUGGGAUUCACAAGAGGGGUGUCCUGGAGGAAUGGUUUGGAAGCCAAUGGUGGAAUGGCCGUACUGCUGUUUUCCUCGUCAUGACAUUUGCUGUAUUUUCUCCAUUGGCAUGCUUAAAGCACAUAGAUUCGUUGAAGUUCUCGUCGGCUGUAGCAGUUGCACUUGCAGUCGUUUUCCUCGUCAUAACAGCAGGAAUUGCAGCAUUCAAAUUGAUCAAUGGAACCGUCUCCAUGCCAAGGUUGCUUCCUAAUGUUACUAGCAUCACAUCAUUCUGGAAUCUCUUCACUGCUGUACCCGUGCUUGUGACAGCUUUCAUAUGUCAUUUCAACGUUCAUACAAUUGAGAAUGAACUUGAAGACCCUACCAAGAUACGAAAAGUUGUGCAAGCUUCACUAGCUCUCUGCUCUUCUGUCUACAUUAUGAUAAGCUUCUUCGGUUUCCUCCUUUUUGGUGACUCGACACUCGAUGAUGUGCUGGCUAACUUCAACACAGACCUUGGCAUUCCUUACAGCUCUGUGCUCAAUGAUGUCAUUCGAGUCAGUUAUGCUCUCCACUUGAUGCUUGUUUUCCCAGUGCUUUUCUACCCCCUGAGAAGCAACAUCGAUGAGCUGCUCUUUCCAUCGGCCAGGGAUCUUGCUUUAGAUACCAGAAGGUUUAUAUUGCUCACAAUAGCACUCAUUUGUAUGAUCUUUCUGGGAGCAGAUUUCGUACCGAGUAUCUGGGAUGCUUUCCAGUUCACUGGGGCGACAUCAGCAGUCUGCCUCGGUUUUAUCUUCCCAGCUGCAAUCGCUCUCAGGGAUCCACAUGCCAUAGCAACAAAGAAGGAGAAGAUUUUGUCAAUUUUCAUGAUUUUCCUAGCUGUGCUCUCGUGCUCAGUUGCUAUAUACAGUGAUGCCUAUGCCUUGCUGAGAAAGAAACUAUCUCCAUAGCAACUGGCGCCAAUUUGAAGAAGUAGAUCAUCACACAGACAUCGAAUUUAGACACUUCUAGUUACUUCCUCUAUAGAGUUUUACUUUGUCUUACAAUCACAUGCAUCAUACAAAAAUGGUAGUCCAUUGAAAGAAAUUGGUACUCAGCCAUCCAGUGUUGACUUGAGACCCAACAAGCUUAUGUAUAUGCCUUCAUUUUCUGUAAACUGAAGUAAACCCAAACCCAUUCCAGUCUCUACUAUUGGAAUUUCCUUCACUCUUUUAUUUUGUAUUAGGUUUUGUGUCACAUUGAACAAAUUGCUUCGGCAUAUACUAAGUAAUCAUCCGCAACAAGUACAAUAGAAUGUGAGUUCAUCCCUUGAAUCUAUCGGUACAGACAACCCAGAUCCCAGGUUACAAUGUUCACUCCAGCUUUUUCGCCAAUCUUAAGAAAUCUAUCAAGAAUCUACCAUAAAGCAAAAGACGAUAAAGUUGCAUUGCAUCCCAAGCUCGCAUUCUUUUCCCAACAUCUGCUGAUGCUUUCUUAUUACUCGAGAAAUUACCUGGAUCGUAGCAAAGCGCAAUUAGGAUGAUCAUGACCCAAACCUUGUGUCCUUCAAAGAUCUGCAAUUUCACCAGUUCCAGUGGCCUCUCCUCAUUCUCCUCACAGGAGCAGUUGCAAAAGGAACAUCUCAAGCCAGUAAACUAUACACAUUUCCUCUGUUGCAAUAUGUACAAUUCCUCGCAAACUCGACCUGUGGUGACUUCUCAUGUCAACCAGCCUCUUCUUGAAGAAUGGGUCCCCGGAGCUUGUCUUUCAGAAUACUAGGGCAAGGCCCGGUAUGGACAAAACUUGCAUAUUCCGUAGGCCGGUAAAGUUGGCACAGCACAAUUUUGGCAUUGUUGAGUUCAACCAGCAUUCUUUACAUCCAAACUAGUUGAAGAAAUAGGGAGAUCUCAGGACAUCUUUCAGAUCAAAGUCUCCUCUAUCUGGCAGAGGAGGAAACUUUAAGUUAGGGAAGGACUUCUGAAACGCCUCCAACAAC